AUGGUCCCUCCGACACAGAAGGCUCUCAUUGUUACAGAGGUGGGAAAGCCUCUCACCCUAACUACUGACUGGCCGGUUCCUCAGCCGGGAGCAAAGCAAGUGCAAAUUCGGGUUAUGGUUGCUGGUCCGAACCCUCACGAUCAGAAAGCUCGCGAUACCGGUUUAUUCAUUGCCGAGAACCUGCCUGCCGUCCCCGGAAACGACGUGGUCGGACAAAUAGUGCAAGUUGGCUCUGACGUGACAGGCUUCUCUGUCGGGGAAAAGGUAUUUGGACAGGCCGGUCUCUUGCCAGAUUACACCCAAAAUGGGUUCCAAGAGUAUGCAGUCCUCGACACAGACUUUAUUGCGAAGGUCCCCGAUGGCUUCACCGUGGAUGAUGUUGCUUCACUGCCGACGAACCUCCUAGCGACUGUCAUUGCGUUCUUCAGUCCAUCGUUCUUCGGACUUCCCGCCCCUUGGACAUCAACGGCUGCAGUUGCAGCUCCAGAGGGGGAUACAAUCUUAGUGCUAGGUGGUGGCAGCAACUGUGGUAAAUUUGGCAUUCAACUCGCUGUCCUGGCAGGAUUUGGGCGUAUCGUGGUUGUCGGCGGAGACGAGACAGAGCUCAAAUCAUAUGGUGCGACGCACGUAAUCGACCGGCACAGAACCCCGAGCGAAACCGUUUCGCGCAUACGCGAGAUCGUAGGUGAUGACCUUCUCUACGCCUACGACACUGUCAACCCUCCCGCCACUCAAGUAGUCGGCAUUAACGCACUCUCGUCCACCCGAAAGGGCAAGAUAGCUCGUUUAUUGCCUAUUGGCCCUAUAGACGAGUCUCAAGUCGAAAAGAAGAGCGCGGGCUACGAGGUCUGGCAUAUUCUCAGUGCGCCGCAUCUACACGCCGAAUUGUGCAAAUCAUUCUGGGAACACGUACCGCGAUUGUUGCGGGAGGGGCAGAUCAAGCCUGCUGCUUAUAAGAGAGUCGAUGGCUGGGAUGCGGAAGAGGUGAACGAAAUCUUGGACGCGUAUAGGGAUGGGAAGAAGAUUACCAAGACGCACUUUCAUAUUUGGAAUGGCGAAGAAUUUUGA